AUGCAGGAGAAAUUGGUGAAACCUGAGGAGAUGGCGAAGGAGGAAGGCAUGGAGGAUCUACGAAACAGACUUUCCGAAGUGGAAGCCGAGAGAGACAGGCUACGAGACGAGCUUCAGGUCAUGAAAAUGGUGGCCGAACACGCCAACAACCGCCUCACCGAAUCCAUGACCACCGGCAGGGUCGCCGACGUGUUCUCCGAGCUGAAUCACGCCGUCGAGGCACUCACCAUCUCCAGCGAGGACCUCAAGAUCAAGGAGAAGAUGAUCCAAUCGCUGACCGCGGAGGUCGUGAAUUCGAAAGAGUCUCAGGCCAAACUGGUCGACGAUUUGGGGAAGGCCAAAUCUACGGAGGUCGAGAGCCUGGACAAGUUAUCCAAGAUCAGCAGGAGAGCCGCCGAAUUGGAAUCCGAAUUGGAGAAAUUGAAGCAAUCCGAGACCAAAAUGAUCGAGUCGCUGAUGGAGCAGACGAAGCAGUUCGAGAAGGUGAAGAUCGAGCUCGAGGAAUCGAAGCUGGAAGCCGAGAACCUCCGCGAGAGGCUGGAUCGAUUGGAAGCCAAGGAAGAGAGCGAGAGCCAGCACAUCGAUUACGGGAUAUCCAGAUCGCCGUCGGAGGAGCAAUUGAGCGAUCUGAAGGUGGAGCUUCAGGCGGCGAAGGAGAGCCUGGCUCGGGCACACAAGGCGGAGACCGCGGCAGCGAUGAAGAGCUACGGUUUAGUGGAGGAAAACGAGUCGCUGAAGAUUCAGCUGAGGAAGGCGACGGAGGCAGAGGAGAACAGCAAGAUCGCCUUGGAUGAUUUGGCUAUGGCGCUGAAGGAAGUUAUUAUGGAGUCGAAAGCGGCGAGGGAGAAGCUGAUCGGGACGCAAGGCGAGCUGGAGCACUACCGGAGGGAGGCGGAGGACUCGCGGGAGCGGGUGAGGAGCGCGGAGGAGCGGCAGAGGGCGAGGAUCGAGGAGGCGAGGAGGGAGGCGGAGCAGUACCGGAACGCGGCGGAGAGGCUGCGGCUGGACGCGGAGGAAUCGGUGAGCGCGUGGAGUGUGAAGGAGAAAGGGUUUGUGGAGUGCAUACGGAAGGCGGAGGCGGAGAGGGACGCGGCGGUGAAGGAGAAUCGGCGAUUGGAGGAACUGAUGGCGGAGGGAGAGAAUGCAGGGAAGGCAACCAAACAGGAGGCGCAGAAUCUGAGGGAUAUAAUGAAGCAGGCGCUGAACGAGGCCACGGCGGCGAAGGAAUCUGCCGCAAUCGCUCAAUCGGAGAAUUCUCAAUUGAAAGACGCGUUGAACGAGAAGGACGAUGCGCUGGUCUUCAUUACCAAGGAGAACGAGAGCCUUAGGGCGAACGAGGCGGCGGCGCAGGAGAAGAUCAAAGAAUUGAAGCAGAAAUUGGCCGAAUCGGCAGCCGGGAAAACCGGGAAAGAGGGGAAAGUAGAAGAAAAGGAUCAUAAAGAGAAGGAAGGGGGAGGGGAUCAUCAUCAGAAAAAUCAGAAGUCUCACGGCGGCGCAGGAGGAGGAGGGGGAAGUGAAUCGGCGACGACGACGUCAGCGGCGCCACCGAAAGAGCACGCGAGGAAGCUGAGCAGCGCGUUCAGUUUCAACCUGAGGGAGCUGAUAAUUCCGAGCAAGGCGGCGAAAGAGGCGGCGGAGGAGCAGGAAAAGAAGGAUCACCACGAGAACGAGGAGUUCGAGGACGCGGAGGAUUUCGAUCCGUUGAAGGGAUCGAUCUUCGACGUCGUGGAAUCGCCGCCGGCACCGCAACCGGCGGCGCCGAAGCAUCAGAGGAAGAAAUCUUUCACGUUCUCGGAGCCGGAGCACGAGGCGGCGGCACCGGCGGACGAGUUCGAGCAUCUGGAAGGGGACGAUCUGGACGGCGACAAGAACAAUCCGAGGAAGAAGAGGGCAUUGCUGAGGAGAUUCGGGGAGAUGAUAACGAGGAGGAGAGGGUAUCACCGGAAGGAACCGUCGAUGGGCGGUGGGGGAGAAGGGCAUAAGAGGGAGCCGUCGUUGGGCGGCGGCGGAUUGGAUGGGUUGAAGAAAGAGCUGUCGCUGGGCAGUGAAGGUCAGAAGAAGGAGACACCCGGCGGCGGGGAAGGUCACAAGAGGGAAAUGUCGCCGGCAUUGGAGGAUUUUUGA